GAUAAUCUUGCAGAUAUCAGUUCGGUUAUCCCAACAGGCUUAUGUCAAAACCCAUUUCGGUAUUUUUGCUAUUUCAAUUCGGAUAUUGAUUCGAAUAUUUUGGGUCCAGUUCGGAUUUGGGUUUGGGUAUCGAGUAAAACGCCCAGCCCUGCGGAGUCCUAUGGAAUUCUGAUUCGGGGAAAUCGAGAUGGGUGAACACGGCCCUUUAACGGCCCAUCUGUGACAGCAACUUGAUAUUGCUGACGUCAUUCUUUCUGAUUGCGUCAGAAACGCCUCCUAUAUAUUAAAAAAAAAAAAAAAUUCAACAAAUAAUCUACCGCCGCCGCCGCAAACCUAACUCUUCGCCGCCGUGUUGUUCCCAACUCUGUCUAACUCUUCAGUUGAAUAAGGAUGGAAGGAGGAGGUGAAGGAAGUAGUAGCGCCGCCGCCGCAGCAGGAGUAGUUCCGAAAUCAGCGAUGGAUGCUGUGAAGCAAGCACUGGCCCACCUCGAGGAGCUCAAACCGCAGCUCGAGGAGAUGCUCUCUCUAGCUCAGCCAGAGGUUCUUGCGCAAAUGCAGCCGUUGAAGCGAGCUAAGGUUAUGUACAUGCUCGCCGAAGCCACCACAACAAUCUUCAAUCUGAGGUUGAGAUGUACAGGUGUUAAUCCUGACGAUCACCGUGUGAAAUCCGAAAUUGAGAGGCUUGACGUCUACAAAGAGAAGUUGCAGCGGUGUAUGGAUCGAAGCAAGGAACCAUUGCGUCCGACUACAGUCUUAAACCGUCAGGCAGCAACCCGUUUCAUCGAACACUCUCUGCCUGAUCUUUCAUCUGCUCAAAGGCAAAACAUUAGAGACCUCAGCAAAGGAGAGAAAUCAAGGAUGAGGUAUUCUGAAACAUCUGCAAAAAAGAGGAAAUACCAAUCAAAUGAGAAACAGUCUGUUCGAUCUGCUGCAAAGGAAUUUCUUGAAAAGGCAGCUCGUGAGCUUAAUGGUAACAAUGAAAAUGGUUUGAAGGGCCCUCUAAUGGCGGCAGCUGAAGGUUCAGAUGAUGUUGAAAUGGGUACAGCCUGAUUUUCCAAAUAUAUAUCAUGCUGCUGAUCUUUUUGGAUUGUGUCUUCGGCAUUCGUCGUCCUCAUCACCAUCUUUUUUUCUGAGAGAAGUUUGUUUUCUCAACUCAUCUUAUCUUUGAUGGUGUCUUUUAAAAUUUAUGGACCUAUAUAAGUUAGGGGGUUGGUGUAUGUUGUAGAUUGCAUUUUGUUAGCAACUGAUCUCAUAAUCUCUUGGAAAUUCGUCUAAUAUAUUCGGGAAUACACCA